AUGAGCAUCUUCGAAGGAAAGGAGAUCAAGGAUGUAUCCUCUGACGAGGUGGAAGUCCGCAACGAUACCUACAACAAGAUUGAUGCCUCCGAAUUGGGGGAGAACUUCGACUUCACGAAAGAUUUUGAGGAGUUGGAACUCUUAGCUCAACAACCUGUUGGUAACUCGUUAGUGGACCGCUUGUUGUCUUUGGAAUUUAAGCUCAACUUCAAGAACAAAAAACACAUGGUGUACCUUCUUGGCGCCUUUGCUGCUUUUGCCGGUCUUUUGUCCGGUGUGGACCAGUCUAUCAUCUCUGGUGCCUCUAUUGGUAUGCGUAAAGAUUUGUCCCUUACCCUGCACGAGCAAUCGCUCAUUUCCUCCCUCAUGCCCUUGGGUGCAAUGGCUGGUUCCAUGAUUAUGACCCCUUUGAAUGAGUGGUUUGGAAGAAAACUCUCCUUGAUCAUUUCGUGUAUUUGGUACACUAUUGGUGCUGCCUUGUGCGCGGCUGCUCAAGAUCACCACCUCAUGUAUGCUGGUAGAUUCAUGUUGGGUAUCGGUGUCGGUAUAGAAGGCGGUUGUGUUGGUAUCUACAUCUCAGAAUCGGUGCCUGCUAAUGUCAGAGGUAGCAUUGUGUCUAUGUACCAGUUCAACAUUGCCUUAGGUGAAGUCUUGGGAUAUGCCAUUGCAGCAAUGUUCUAUUCUGUUAAGGGCGGGUGGAGAUUCAUGGUGGGCUCUUCUUUGGUAUUCUCGACUAUUUUGUUCAUUGGUUUGUUCUUUUUGCCUGAGUCGCCCCGUUGGUUGGUCCAUAAGAACAGAGUGGGUCAGGCUUACGAAGUGUGGACUCGUUUGAGAGAUGUCAGCGACAAUAAGAAUAAAUUGGAGUUCUUGGAAAUGAGACAUGCUGCUGACCAAGAGCACGAAAGACACCACAAGGUCUCAAAAGUUAAGAUCGUCACCGAUUUGUUUGGCAUCGCAAGAAACAGAAGAGCCCUCUUUUACGCUGUCAUGAUGGUCACCUUGGGUCAGUUGACUGGUAUCAACGCUAUUAUGUACUAUAUGUCCACUUUGAUGGCCGGUAUUGGUUUCGACGAAAAGAACUCCGUGUUUAUGUCUCUUGUGGGUGGAGGUGCCUUGCUUAUUGGUACCAUUCCAGCCAUUUUGUGGAUGGACCGUUUUGGUAGAAGAGUGUGGGGUUACAACAUUAUUGGUUUCUUCGUCGGCUUAAUAUUGGUCGGUGUUGGCUACCUUUUCGAUGUCAAGACGCACAAAGCCGAGGCCGAGGGUAUCUAUUUGACUGGUAUUAUUGUCUACAACUUGUUCUUCGGCGCAUACUCCACAUUGACAUGGGUUGUUCCAUCUGAAUCCUUUGACUUGGAGACCAGAUCUUUGGGUAUGACCAUUUGUUCCACUUUCCUUUACUUGUGGUCCUUCACAGUCACAUACAACUUCACCAAGAUGAAAGAGGCCUUCACUUACACCGGCUUGACUCUUGGAUUCUACGGUGGUAUUGCAUUUAUUGGUUUGAUCUACCAAGUUUUGUUCAUGCCUGAGACGAAGGACAAGACUUUGGAGGAAAUUGACGACUUGUUCAACAUGUCGCCAUUUGCUCUUGCAAGACAAAACAUAAAGAACUUGAAGAACGGCAAAUUAUGA